ACAGCUCAGUUUCCUGUUGACUGGCUCGCCCUACCUCUCGUCCGCACCUUGUUGUACAUCUCCUCCAGAUUCCACUUCCAAACGACCCACCCUGCCUGCACCUGCUUUGUGUGCAUGCCAUUGGCCGCAUAAUCCGCCGCACAACCCGCCGCCCCUUCCGAAUGAGACCCUCUUAGCUUACGACUCCAGCCUUGCGGCCGUGCAAUGGCUGUGCGGCUGCCGCCGGGCCACCACGUGGGACCGCCACGUGGACCGGCAGCGGCAAUCGCGGCGGCGCCUUUCCUCCUGCUCCUCCUGUCCGUCGCGCUUCUCCCGUCCCCCGCAUUCUGCCAAUACUCGCAAUAGGCCUCCCGGUAGGGAUAGUAGCCGGCGGCGUGUACGACCCUCUCACAGGCGACACGACGUCCCCGGACAUGGGAGGUUAAUCUCCGGACGCGCCGCGAAAUAGGCGACUCGGGACUAGCCGACAGCAACCCGAAUGCGCAGCUCACUUCCUGCGGCGUCGCGACGGACGGCACGGCCUACAUCUCGUCGGGCGGCUCGUACUUAAACGCGAUUAACUACACCCUAGACGGCGCCGUGCCGCUACAGCCCGUAUCGCUCCCAGGCGGCUUCUCGGGUACGGUUGUGGCGCUCGGGGGAGCUUCGGAGAAUCUUCUGGUUGUAGCGGAUGGGUCGGAUUCAGCCGCGGGUGCUGUUUCCGUGAACCGGGAGACGGGGGCGUCGACGAAACUCGUCGGAGCGGGAUACCAGUGCCUAUCCGCUUCGUUCUGCUCUUCGCCCACCGCCUCCCCCGCCGGAUUUCCUCAUCCUGACGUGCCACGUCACGGCCGACGAUUCUGACGUGGUGGUAAUCGUGCCGAUAGACCCGUUGACGGGGAGCUUUAACGCCGCCUCGGCGAUUAAGAUGCUCUCGGCGCCGUACGCGGCUCGGCAGGCCGUCUGUUCUCCCGGCGGCGGCUUCUUAGCCGUUCUCCGGUACGACUCUAACGUGCUCUACACCUACGCGCUUUCCGCUCGCGGGAACCGCGCUCCCGGCGCCGCUAUCGACAACGGUGCUGACGUCAGGCACGCCCGGGUCGCUCGGCGUGGAUCCAGCGAAUAAGAACGUGCUGGUAACCAGCGCCGCGAACUACGGCGGCACGUCGACACUGAUGGCGUCGCAGGGCAAAACCUAUUUGGGAACUAUGGACGCUAUUGGCUACACGGAGACCGGAGGAUGCGCCUCGGCGGCGUACUUAGGCCCGUUUCAAUACUCCACCGCCGCAUUCGACGGCGGGCAGCUCGCGGUGUAUCCCAGCAGCCCGGCGCUGGCGCUGCUCGCGCUUCCGGAGGGCGUGUACGCGAUGCCGCUGGCGGCGGACGGCGCGGUCGAGACCGACUCGACGGGAUUCGUCCCCCUCGGGAGUACCGAGGCGGGGCUGAGCUUCUUCGCCAGCGCCGUUUGCGUGCAGAAAUUCGUCGCGAAUCUCCCGCCGCCGUCGCCGCCUCCGCCGUCCCCGCCUCCCCCGAGGCCUCCCCACCGCGCCCUCCGCCAUCCCCGCCGCCCCCGCCUAAGCCGCCAAGCCCGCCGAAGCCGCCGCCGCCGUCCCCUCCGCCGAAGCCGCCGCCGAGCCGCCGAAGCCGCCGCCUCCGCCGAAACCGCCUUCCCCUCCGCCGCCGCCGAAGCCGCCGAGCCCCCCGCCGAAACCGCCGCCGCCGUCUCCGCCGCCGAAGCCGCCGCCCAGUCCGCCGAAACCGCCUCCGCCUCGUCCUCCCCUCCCCCGUCUCCCCCGUCUCCCCCCGGGAGCACUGUCCUGGUGGUGGAUCAAUCCACCGCUUCCGCCACCGUCUCUUCCCCCCCCCCCCCCCGUGGCCUCCCCGCCUCCCCUCGUGGCCUCCCCGCCUCCCCUCGUGGCCUCCCCGCCUCCCUCGUGUCCUCUCCGCCUCCGCUCGUCGCUUCUCCGCCUCCGCUCGUCGCUUCUCCGCCUCCCCUGAUUGCCUCGCCUCCUCCGCUUGUCUCCUCUCCGCCCCCGCUAGCCUUGUCUCCCCCCCGCUGGUCUCCUCCCCUCCGCCGCCCAACCCUCCGCUCCCGCCAUCUCCGCCUCCUCCCCCAAGCCCCCAAGUCCCCCGCCUCCGCCCUCUCCCCCGCCUCCGCCCUCUCCCCCACCUCCGCCCUCUCCCUCGAAACCCCCUUCCCCCCCGCCUCCGCCCUCACCCCUUCUUUCCCCUCCCCCUAUAUUUUCCCCGCCUCCCCUUGUGAAUUCUCCGCCUCCCCCUGUGGAUUCCCCCCCUCCCCCGAUGCCCCCGCUUGCGAUAGCAGUCGCGAACACUCUUUCUCCGCCUCCUCCUGGCUCCGUUGUAAGCAGCCCACCUCCUGUCGUUGAACCCGUUAUAAGCAGCCCACCUCCUGUCGUUGAACCCGUUAUAAGCAGCCCGCCUCCUCCUACUGUCGACUCUACUGCAAGCAGGACGCAUCCUCCUACCGAACCCGUAAUAAGCAGCCCGCCUCCACCCGUCACUGAACCCGUUAUAAGCAGCCCGCCUCCGCCCGUCACUGUACCCGUUAUAAGCAGCCCGCCUCCGCCCGUCACUGUACCCGUUAUAAGCAGCCCGCCUCCGCCCGUCACUGUACCCAUUAUAAGCAGCCCGCCUCCGCCCGUCACUGUACCCGUUAUAAGCAGCCCGCCUCCGCCCGUCCUUCCUAGCGCAUCCGCCACCCUCUCCCCGCCAGGCGCCAAAGAAGCUUCCGCGGAUCUCCCCGCUGACUCCGGCUCAGAUCCUUCCGCUACUGCCCUUCCGCCCCCGCCGCCCCCGAAGACACAAUCCUCACCUCCCCCGAACCCGCCUCCCCCGCGCCCGCCCCCCCGCGUCCGCCUCCCCCAACGAAAGCGCCUGUGAAAAAGCCCAAGAAAAAGCCGCCGAAGAAGAAGAGAAAAUCGAUCUCCAAGAGCGGGGGAGGGGGUGCGGCUGCGACGGUGUCCUCGCUAUCAGCCGAUGUGUUCGGCGAUUCCGGCGCUGCCAUGUGCAAGCUGGGCGUGCGCCAGAAGUGCCUCACGCCGCUCGUCUGUCAAGACGCCCUGGACGUGGGAGGCUGCUCGUGCCUGCGAGAACAAGGCGACCCAUUGUGCACGAUUGCUCGCAAGUGCAUGGUGCCAGCAGCCUGCCCUGUCGAAGCACUUUGCACAUCGCCCGCUGACGGCUCGCCCGCAACGUGCUCGUGUCCGGCGGGCUUUGCUCCUCUCAAGGCAGCAGCGGAGGACACGGUCUUUGACUACUGUGCCCGCACUCGCUGCAGCAGUGCCCUCGCUUUCAUUGGCUUCGACUGCGGUCCACCAGGCUCGGUUUAACCAGUACAGGGCAUGGCAUGCCCUGUGUGACAUGCAUCGCACAAUUUGCUGAGAAGGGGUUAUGGUCUCAUCAUAGGCUUGCGGACGAUGCUCUUGCUUCUGUGAAAGGUGUUUGCUGGGGGGGUUGGUGGUUUCUGUGGAUGGUGUUUCUGUGGAUGUGUACAAUAGACUUUCUGCUGCUUAGGAAAGGUUGCUUGAAAUAAUUGGGCGUGUGAGACAGUGCAUUGUUUUUUGUAUUUUGUGUAAUUGGCCGUUGUUCUGGCACUCUUUUUGAGGAUUUGAUGCUUGGAGUGGUGUUAG